CGCUUAUAAAUACGAGAAACGAAACUGUCUUACUGAGUCCAACUGUUUUACUGGAACGAAAACGUAUCAUAAUGGCAAGAUGUUAUCUGCUAGCGAUUCUCCUGUGCAGUCAACUCGUCGUGUCUACUCUUGGCCUUCCCGUGGCACCUGGUGAACCGUUGGACGAAACUAACGAUGGCCAGCUAAUUCUUCCGAUUGCUGAUGGAGAAUCGGACAACAGCCAAAACAUCGCGUCUCUUCCCGUUAAUCCAAUCAGCGAGGACUCGAAUGAGGACAAAGAUGCUGAAUACGCAGUAGAUGGUACAGCAUAUCAAGCUGAACUGAUGGCUAUCGAACAGGAUCCUCUAACACAGUCUUUGCCAGAUGAAACAAAAUCGUACAGGACUAAACGUGGACUUUCGAAAAAAGGAAAGAAGAUCGUAAAGAAAGCUGUUCAAGUCGUCGGAAGAAUUGCCAUAUCUUAUGCUGUGGGUAAGAUUCCUCCGCUGUUUUGAUGGAAUUUAAAUGUGAUCAGUGAAUACCUGUACUACACAGGACAACCAAUGUUUAUGCAAUUAGAAAAUACACGUAGAUUUAUGCAUUCGUUUAACA